ACAGCGACUCUUACUGCAAAAAAAUUCCGAACCACCUCUCCUAAACCUUUCCCAUUAUAUCAUCGUAUAAACAUGUAUAAAAACCCCCUUCAAUCACUUCAAACUUCAAACCCCAUUUCUCACAAGUUAUACUAAAACAACGUAUACCAUGGUGCAAAUGGAUACUCUCCCUCUCCUCUUAACCCUAGCUGCUGCUCUUUUAUUCACAUAUUUUCUUUGGUUUUAUUUCUUGGCUCGAACCCUAAGGGGUCCAAAAGUGUGGCCAAUGAUUGGCAGCGUUCCAGAAUUAGUGGUGAACCGGAAUAGGGUUCAUGACUGGAUCGCUUCAAACCUACGCCAAACAGGAGGUUCCCCCACUUACCAAACAUGCACUCUCAGUCUCCCUUUCUUUGCUCGCAAGCAGGGAUUUUUUACCGUCACAAGCUGUCCUAGAAACAUCGAACACAUUCUCCGAACCCGGUUCGACAACUACCCUAAAGGGCCGCACUGGCAGGCGGCGUUCCACGACCUCCUAGGGCAGGGAAUUUUCAAUAGCGACGGUGAAACGUGGCUUAUGCAGCGGAAAACCGCCGCGCUCGAGUUCACCACCCGAACCCUAAGGCAAGCCAUGGCUCGGUGGGUGAACCGGACCAUAAAAAACAGGCUAUGGUGUAUCCUGGACAAAGCUGCUAAGGAAAACGUAUCAGUGGAUUUGCAAGACCUUCUUCUACGUUUAACCUUUGAUAACAUUUGUGGACUCACCUUUGGAAAAGACCCUGAAACUCUCUCACCGGAUCUCCGGGAAAACCCCUUCACUGUUGCCUUUGACACUGCCACAGAAAUCACCUUGCAAAGGCUUUUAUACCCGGGCAUAAUAUGGAGAUUCGAGAAGCUUCUUGGCAUCGGUAAAGAGAAGAAACUGGAGCAGAGUUUGAAGAUCGUCGAAACUUACAUGAACGACGCCGUUUCAGCUCGCGAGAAAUCGCCUUCCGACGACUUGCUAUCAAGGUUCAUGAAGAAGCGCGACGCCGCGGGAAAGCCGCUGAGCGCCGUAACGCUGCGUCAGAUCGCGCUCAACUUCAUCCUAGCUGGCAGGGACACGUCAUCAGUGGCGCUAAGCUGGUUCUUCUGGCUCGUAAUGAACCACCCCGCCGUGGAGGAUAAGAUCCUCGCGGAACUUACGGCGGUGCUCACUUCCACGCGAGGCGGGGACCGGCGGAGGUGGACGGAGGAGGCGGUGGACUUCGAGGAGGCGGAGAGGCUGGUUUACUUGAAAGCCGCGCUGGCCGAAACGCUGCGUUUGUAUCCGUCGGUGCCGGAGGAUUUCAAGCACGCUGUGGCGGACGACGUGUUGCCGGAUGGCACGGCGGUUCCGGCUGGUUCGACUGUGACGUAUUCGAUUUACGCGAUGGGGAGAAUGAAGAGUGUGUGGGGAGAGGACUGCAUGGAGUUUAAACCGGAGCGGUUUUUAUCGGUUAAAGGAGACCGGUUCGAACCGCCAAAAGACGGUUACAAGUUCGUUGCGUUUAACGCUGGACCGAGAACCUGCUUGGGAAAGGACUUGGCUUACCUGCAGAUGAAAUCUGUGGCUUCAGCUGUGCUUCUGCGUUACCGCCUGUCGCCGGUUCCCGGUCAUCGUGUGCAGCAGAAGAUGUCACUGACUCUCUUCAUGAAGAAUGGGCUUCGUGUGUUCCUGCAGCCACGUCAGCUUCGUCCACAUACUGCCAUGUCAGCAUAGAGAAAAGGCUAUUUCGGCCAUGCACAGUGUAAAGGACAAUAUGAUCAUUUCGUUCUCACACCUGUCAAUUUAUUCGUGUUUUAUUUUGUACGGUAAAAAGUGAAAAUGUUUGUUGUUUGGUUGGUUGGUUGGUUUACCUUUGCAGUUGUUGGGAAAUGGGUUUACAUAUUCUUAUGUUGUUGAUCAAUAAAAUGAAUACACAAAAUAUAUAAUUAUUGGAAA